AGCAAUCUUCAGAAUCCAACUACUAGAUGCUGGAAUCAUAAUGAGCUUCAAGAGACACUACUGUCAUCUUCAUAUUCACAUGUAAAAAAGGGUGAACAUGCUAAUGGACUAAAAAUAGAUAUAUUGCAAGCUAUAUGUUUUAUCAUUCAAGGCUGGGAUGAAGUCGCUGCUAAAACAAUUCAUAAUGUUUAUCAGACUAUGGAUCUGGCACUUGAUGAUCUUACCAAUACACUUGAAGACCUCUGUAUUCACUUUGAUAACCCAAUGCCAGUUGAAGAGUUUCUUUCUAUCUCUGCAGAAGAUGUUGUUUACGAAAUUCCCAUGAAUGACCAAGUUAUUGAAGAACUUAUAAAAACUUUCAAGCCAGUCGAUUUAGCUUGUGAUGAUUCAGGAGAUGAUGACAGCAUUGAAAUCCCUUUAAUUAGCAUCGAUACGGUGAUUACAAGCUUGGAGACUGUGUCUAUGUUUUUGCUUCAACAAGAUGAAGCAAAUGA